AAGAAGUCUUAUUUUCAUGCUUUGUUGUUGUUGGGGCAGAAAUGAGAGCUGCUCAUAAAAUCCAGGCUCUUAAUGUGACUUAUGACUGGGCAGGAGGCGCAGCAUGACUACCCGCGUAAACAAACAGGAAGAUAGAAAAGAGUUUAUGCUUUUUCUAAUUAAGGUCCUGUUUUCUGUGGGAAGUUGAUUUUUAGACUUUAAACGCUUAAAAACUGCCCUGCCAAUACGGGUCAUAACCCCUAUAUUUAAGGAGGCGGGGGCUAUGGAAGAGCAAGAGUGAUUUAUGACAGCCUAGUACUUUGUUAGUAUUACAGGCUAAAGGUGGAGCUGAGCCUGAGUUGGAUUUCCACCAAAAAUGCCCUUCAGGUCAGGUCGCAGUAACAUCUAAUCUAUUUGAAUUGCCUCUUCCGCUCCUUUCCCAACCGAAAUCCUGCGCUCAGCUGCAUGCAGAAGAACCCUUUAUACUCCAUUGCUUCGCAUUCAGACAAGCUGCGCUUUUAAAUAUUUCGAGACAACAAGAAUUACAGUAUUCACUCCAAAUAAGACCUGGCUUAUGGACGUAUGGACGCCUGUCACUGUUCGCGCCUAACUACUACAGAAGUCUGAAUUUCUCUAUUGUUUUUCUAUGGGCAGCAAUCGCUGCCCCCGGGGAAAACCAAAUAAUGACCUCCAGGGGGAACCCAGAAGUAGGCCCUGUGUGUGACUCUAUGGAAAGUGUCUAUGGGCGAAAGAGUUUGCGAAGCGCCGGAAACUUGGUAGAAAGUUACGAGAAGCCUCCCGUCGCCUCUCCCGCUUUCCCGUCCACCAGCAGCAGCCCCAGCAUCUCGGCCGCGGCUCUUCUGCUCUUCCUACGAUAGACAGAGAAGUCGGGGGAACGAUGUCCGGCUCCUCCAACGUAGUGGCUAUGAAGAAGGUGGUGCAACAGCUGCGGCUGGAGGCCAGCGUGAGCCGUGUGAAGGUUUCACAAGCUGCAGCUGACUUAAAGCAGUUUUGUCUGCAGAAUGCAAAUCAUGAUCCCCUACUAACAGGAGUUUCUUCGAGUACAAAUCCAUUUAGACCACAAAAAGUCUGUUCAUUUCUCUAACUCAGUAAAAUACAAAUUAUUUUUCAAUGAUCUUCUAACAACUUUUCAUAGCUGUAGCCGUGUAUGAUGAAUCUGGAAGUGAAGCAGAGUGGCUUGGAACCUGUUCAAGAACUUUGCCUUAAUGUGCCAACUUAGAGCUAGUAAUACUGCUACUGUUGUCAUACAAUCUACCUCUCUAAACAAACUGUAUGCUAGUUGCAAUAACUUCUGUAUCAUGAGGGAACCAAUUUUAUAUACAAGCAAUAAAGAGUUGACUUAA